AAUCCAUUAAUUGGCCCACCAGAAGCAACUCUUGUGCAAUUGGGAGCCAAACAAGGUACUUUGAUUAUUUCUCCCAAUUGGCAAGUCUAUAGAUUACUCACUCCAAUAUUUCUUCAUGGUGGAAUAGUUCACUUGUGCCUCAAUAUGAUGUGGCAAAUGUCAGUCAUGCUCCCACUUGAACGACAUUGGGGAUGUAUCUUUGUUUGCUUCAUUUAUCUCAUUAGUGGUGUUGGUGGCAAUCUAUUGAGUGCUCUUUUUCUUCCAGAAAUUGUCACAGUUGGAGCCUCAAGUUCUCUAUUUGGAAUUCUCGGAGGCAUUUAUGCAGAUUUAUGGAUGAAUUGGAGGUACAUGCCAAGUCCAAAAAGAGAUUUCAUUCUAAUUACCAUUCAAGUUGUCGCUCAGGUAAUUGUUGGAUUAAUUCCUUGGAUUGAUAAUUUUGCUCACGUUGGAGGAUUACUUGUUGGUUUCUUAUCCACAAUGAUUUUCAUUCCACGAAUGAGACAU